AUGGCCACUCAAAACAAUCAAUAGCAUCAAUAGAAUCCAAUAUUGUCAUGUUUGUGAUAUCGAGUGCCUAAUAUUUUCGUGAAAAACAGUGAAAUAAUAGGAAAUUAAUAAAAUGCCACCACGCGGGGAUGAAAUCCUCAAAGGAUUUCAAGUAAAUUGGAUGAAUUUACGAGAUGCUGAUACGGGAAAAAUUCUCUGGCAGGGAAAUGAUGAUUUAUCCGUACCGGAAAUGGAGCAUGAGGCUCGAGUACCGAAAAAAAUUCUCCGAUGUCGAGCAGUUUCGAGGGAAAUAAAUUUCAGUUCAGUGGAGCCAAUGGAGAGGUUUCGUUUGGAGCAAAAAGUUCUCUUUAAAGGACGAUGUUUAGAGGAAUGGUUUUUUGAAUUUGGAUUUGUCAUUCCAAACAGCACAAAUACAUGGCAAAGUUUAAUACAAGCCGCACCGGAAAGUCAAAUGAUGCCAGCAAACGUUCUAAAUGGCAAUGUAGUAAUUGAAACGAAAUUCUUUGACGACGAACUUUUAGUAUCAACGAGUAAAGUUCGACUUUUUUAUGUAUAAUAAAAAUUGGUCCUAAAAUCGCUGGAAUCCAGAAAAACGAAUCCUGGGACCAAAUUUAUAGUAAACUAAAACAAAAACGCACUGAAAUAAUGGAUUUUUUUUUAAAAUUCUAGUUUCUUCACAACAGCACCAAAUUUCAAUUAAGCAUUUAAUAAUAAAUGUAUCGAACGAGAUAAUUGUUAUGGAAAAUGAAUCGCACACACACAUAUAUUUAUAAAAGAAUUGCAUUUGUUUAUGAAAAAAGUGCAAAAAUAAUGCAAAAGUUACUAUAUAAUAAGAAUGUGAUUCCUUUACCAAAAAAAUUAUCCAUUGAUUUCUAAAAUUUCUUUUUUUUAUUAAAAAUUAAUAAUACUGAAAAACUAAAUUGAAAUUUAAUUUAUUUAAUGAAAACGUUAUAAAAAUUAUUUUUAGAAUAUUGAAGGUUUGAAUUUACUUAGAUAGAAGAAAUAAAUUAAGUUUUGUAAUUACAAAAAUUAAUUUUAGAAAUCAAUGAUUAAUUUACGGUUAGUUUUAAUUAUCCAUGUAAAUUUAAGUUAGGAAUUUAGAUUUAUGAGAUUAUUUAUUUUGUAUAUAUAUAUAAAAAAAACAGUCGACAACGAAUUUUGAAAUGAAAAAGGAAAUAAUAUUUUGACUUCAAAUGACAGAAAAAGCGAAAGUUUGAAAAAAAAACACUUUUCAAAUUAUCAAUUUUUCGCUGAAUUUUUAAGCGUUGAAGACUUGAAUUUAAUAAACUUUUGAAAGUACA